AUGGUCUAAAAGUAAUAUAGUAUGACAGUUUCAUUUGGCAGUAACGGUUUAAGGAAAGCUAUUUUUUUAAUAAUUUUUCUCUCUUUCUCCUCUUUUCCUCUUCCUCUUCCUCCUCCUCUUUUUCUGGUAUUUGUUGGUGUCGGUGGUGGUGGUGGUGGUGAUGCCAGAACCAUCCAAGUAAGAAAGAGAAGGACCUUGUGGGAUUCCCAAUUCUCCCCUGUCCUUCUCUCUAUCAAGAUCAAAUCUAACCCCGAUCUCGAUUUCAAUACCCCAUAAAUCCAAUCUCGAUUUUGAUCUUGUCAAACAUCAUCAAUGGCGGCAUCUGCGAAACGUUUAAGAGAUCUACAAUCAAACCCAAGUAAUAGAACGUGUGUUGAUUGUACGCAGAAAAACCCACAAUGGGCAUCUGUAUCAUAUGGGAUAUUCAUGUGUUUAGAAUGUUCAGGUAAACAUAGAGGUCUUGGUGUACACAUAAGUUUUGUCAGAUCUGUAACAAUGGAUUCUUGGUCUGAAAUUCAAUUGAAGAAAAUGGAAUCAGGAGGUAAUGAACAACUCAAUAAGUUUUUAUCUCAAUAUGGUAUUCCUAAGGAAACAGAUAUUAUUGCUAAAUAUAAUAGUAAUGCUGCUAGUAUUUAUCGUGAGAAAAUCCAAGCUUUAUCUGAAGGUCGUUCAUGGAGGGAACCUCCUGUUGUGAAAGAAGCAGUUGGAGGGAUCGGUGGCAUGAAGAAACCCCCAAUUAGUGGUGGUGGGGGUGGCGGUAGUGCUAAUUUGGGGGGAAAUGGAGAUUGGGAUAAUUGGGAUAAUGAUGAUGGUUUUAGAUCUUCUUCUUCUGAUAUAAGAAGAAAUCAAUCGACAGGGAAUUUUGGUGGUCGUGGUGGUGGGAAUAGUAGUGGAAGAUCAGGUGGUGGACCGGUUAGAUCUAUGUCGACUGAUAGUAUGUAUACAAGAUCACAAUUGGAAGCGUCUGCUGCAAAUAAAGAAAGCUUUUUUAGUAAAAAGAUUGCAGAAAAUGAAUCUAGACCUGAAGGACUUCCACCUUCCAAGGGAGGGAAGUAUGUAGGAUUCGGAUCAACCCCUGCGCCCACUCAGCGGAAUACUUCAUCGUCUCAAGGGGAUGUUCUUAAGGAUACCAUUUCUCUGGGUCUAGGAAAGCUAUCUUUGGUGGCAUCAUCUGCUGCUAAUCUAGUCCAAGCUGGAACGAACGACCUGACUUCCAAGGUGGUAGAGGGUGGCUAUGACUACAAUGUAAACGAAACAGUAAAUGUUGUAACCACAAAGACUACUGAGAUUGGGCAAAUGACGUGGGGAAUAAUGAAAGGGGUCAUGGCUAUGGCCUCACAGAAAGUUGAGGAAUUUACAAAAGAAGGGAACACCAACUGGCCAAGGAAUGACAGUGACAUAAAUGGGUCGUAUCGGGACUUCGGGAAGGAGAGUAGAGCUCAGAACUCUUCUUCUUCUUCUUCUAACUGGAACUCUGCGUCUGAUAAACAAUUCAACUCGAGCAAUUCUUUCAGCUCUUGGGAUGAUUGGGACAGUAAUGAUAACCGAAAAGAAGAAUCUCAUAAAGGUGGAGCUGCCCAGAAUGGAGAUAGCUGGGGAGGGUGGGAUGAUAAAGAGGAUGGUUAUGACAAUUACUCUCAUAGCUCAUCCAACAAGAGUGCGGCAGGUAGCCAGAAUGGAAAACCAGAUUCUCAGUGGACUGGUGGUGUCUUUCUAUGAGUAUGAGACUACUAGUUGUCCUGCUAAUCUUUUAUCUUUAUAUUAGCAAACGAGAAGGCAAAUGGAAAAACAGUUCAAAGAGGACUAAGUUGGCAACAGAGACAAAAUUGUAGAAAUCUGUUGUUUGUUGAUUUGAUUGGAAAUUUAUUUUGUAUCUAUUUCAACUUUUUAUUAAUCAUCAUAGUCAAUAUUUUAUGCAAUUAAAACAAA